CGCUACAUUUUUUACGGAGUCAAAAUGACGUCGCUAUUAACGUUGAUUCUUCUUGGUCAAGCCUGUUUGAUCGCCUCAGCACUUGGCUUUCCGCGGAUUGUAUCAAAUUGGAACGAGGAAAAUAGCGAUGAAAUUCAGUUUCAAGUCCAGCCACACGUUCCACUGGUUAUACAAGAUUCGAGCCAACCGAUCUUGGAAUCUACCCAAAAUGAACCUGACUUUACGGCCAUCAAACGCGAUGAUUACAAAUCCACGCCUGAGGUUGUUGCAGACGAAGUUAACAGAAACGCUGUUAAAUUGACCACGGCUGGAAAGAUUAGCGAAAGUGAAAGCGAGUGGAGUGAUUAUCAAUAAAAACUCGG